UCCUAACCUGACUUUGACAUAUCCCAAAAAAAAAUCUUAUUUGUUAUCGCAAAAAAAUUAUAUCUGGCCGGUUCCAUAAUAACUAUUACCCGCCGCACCCCAACAAAUAAAAUUGCAAAUAAUUCUUAAAAUCUCUUCAAUACAACUUCAUCGAAAGCGAUCAACCGGCCAAAAUGUCACUCCACGAUGAAGAUGAAAGUCAACAUAAUAAAGAAGUAUCAGAAUGGAUACGUUUUGGUAUGCGUUUGGGUGUAAGUGCUGCUCUGCAUCCCUUCGAGUAUUCCAAAGUAUUGAUACAAUUGGGCUAUGAACCAAUACCAGCUGUACCAGGACGUUCUAUUUUGGGUAAACCCAUAAUGAUUUUACCCAAUAUCUUUCAAUAUGCUGGCCAUAUACGCAAAAUUGAUGGUUUUUAUGGCUCCUAUCGUGGUUUGACACCCAAGCUGGUGGGUUCGAUUUGCAGCAUGAUUUUUAGUGAGAAAAUUGCCAAUCGUUUGGGUCUUCAGGCCAUGGAAGAUAAAAAGGAUGAGGAUUUAUUAACCGAUGAAGAACUUUACUUGCAAUUCAAGGUCAAUCUUAAACGUGAUGUGGUAUUAAGUGUAUCGGGUAUAGUUAUAUCGCAACCGUUCCAUGUGAUUUCUGUGCGUAUGAUGGCACAAUUUAUUGGACGUGAAACCAUCUACAAAUCCAUAAUGGGCUCCAUUGCUGAAAUCUAUAGGACUGAAGGUAUAAUGGGAUUCUUUGCUGGUUUAGUACCAAAAAUAUUGUGUGAUGUUGCCUGUUUGGUACUGACCAGUUCAACAGUGUUUUUACUUAAUAAAUACGUAAUUAAAGACAAAGUUGGACGACAAUAUAGUGCCGGUUUUACACAAUUUGCUUUUGCCAGCAUUUUGUAUCCCUUGAAUGUGGUAUCCACCUGCAUGACUGUUACCGGUUCUCGUUUGAUGGCUGGUCAGCCACCCAUUAUGCCCAAGUAUAAUAACUGGAUUAGUUGUUUCAAUGAUUUGCAAGCCAGAAAUGAACUUAAACGUGGCAGUUCCAUGUUUUGGAGAUCUGCUGGUGGUUUUAUUAAGCCUACUACCUACAGAAACAGCUUUGCUCCACUGCCAACUUUAGCCAAAUAUCAAUAAGCUAUAUCGAUGCCUUGAUUAUGAACAUACCCGGGGCUGUUAAUGGUUGAAGCUCUUACAUACACACACUCAAUUGUCUUUACCACCUUCUGCAUGUUGCAUAUUAUAAACAAAAAAAGAAAUUGUUAUUAAAUAAUGGUUGCCAUUUAAAUCUUUCUCUUUUUACAUGUGUAUUGCUGUUACAACAACGUUUCUUAUAAAGCAACCCCAUUUAAAUUUAACGUUUUGUUAGGAUUUUGUUUUUUAAAUUGUAUGCAGUUAUAUUUUAAAUUAAUUUUUUUCUUUCUUU